AUAGUGCUGGCUGGAGACCCCUGUCAGUUGGGUCCAAUUGUGAAGUCCAAGCUGGCUGCUGCCUUUGGCCUGGGGGUGUCUCUAUUGGAGAGGCUGAUGGCCAACCCGCUGUACUGCAGACAUGACUGGGGAUACAACCCAAAACUGGUGACCAAGCUGAUCUACAACUACCGUUCUCACGAGGCCUUGAUCACGCUGCCCUCUAAGCUCUUCUACAAGAACGAACUGUGUGUCAAAGCUCCCAGGGCCACAGUAGAGUCUCUUUGCCAGUGGACAACCCUGCCCAAAAAAGGCUUCCCACUCCUCUUCCAUGGAGUUAGGGGCACAGAAAUGAGGGAAGGUAACAACCCAUCAUGGUUCAACCCAGUGGAGGCUGUACAGGUCAUGCUCUACUGCUGCCAGCUGGCCAAGAAGCUCUACAACCCUGUGGAUGCCUCUGAUAUUGGCAUCAUUGCCCCGUACAAGAAACAGUGUGAGAAGAUUCGAGUGCUGCUGGGCAAGGUCGGCCUGUCUGACAUCAAAGUGGGCUCUGUGGAGGAGUUCCAAGGACAAGAGUUCCUCGCCAUCAUCAUGUCUACG